GACGGCGCCUCCUAGCGACGGCGCCUCCUAGCGACGGCGUGGCCGCCGCCGGGACAGGGACGCGCCGGGACAGGGACCGAAACAAGGACAGGGAGGGGCAGAGAUAGAGGUAGGAUUUGCUGUCGUCGCCGCUGAUCUCCGGCUGCUGCCGUUUCGCCGCGGCCGAGGCUGGCAGCGCCCGGCAGCGGGAAGCGGAGGGUCCGAUCGGCUAUGCCGGCGGGAAUCGGUGGGGAAGUGGCGUAGCCGUUGUCGGGGCCAGAAGGGGCCCGAAAGCUCAGCCUUCCGCGGGAGGAUUGACUGUGGACAUUCAUGGAAGAGUAAGAGCCUUUGAAAGCUACUUCCCAGAGAAAUCCUUGUAGCUUCUGUCACAGAGAGAUGCUGACAUUUCAGGACACUGCCAAGCAAGUGGCUGUUGCCAGCUUUCAUUCUGCUUGCUCAGAUGCUGUGGUUGCAAGGAGAUACAGCCUGGAGAGGAAACUCGGCAGAGGGAGCUUUGGAAAUGUGUACCUGGUUUCUGACAGAAGGGCAAAGCAAGGGGAAGAAUUAAAGGUUCUAAAGGAAAUCUCUGUUGGAGGCCUCAAGCCUACUGAAACAGUUGAAGCACACCUGGAGGCACAGCUGCUCUCCAAACUGGACCAUCCAGCCAUUGUCAAGUUUUACGCCAGCUUUUUGGAGCGAGAUAGCUUCUGCAUUGUCACUGAGUACUGUGAGGGUGGAGACCUAGACUUUAAAAUUCAAGAGUACAAAGAAUGUGGGAAGAUAUUCACUCAGAGGCAAAUACUGGACUGGUUUAUACAGUUGUUACUUGGAGUCAACUACAUGCAUGAAAGGAGGAUUCUUCACAGGGAUCUGAAAUCCAAGAAUGUAUUCUUGAAAAGUAAUCUUCUGAAAAUUGGGGACCUUGGAGUUUCUUGUCUCUUGAUGGGCUCCUGUGAUCUGGCAACGACGUUCACUGGGACACCUCACUACAUGAGCCCAGAGGCACUGCAGCACCAGGGGUACGACACGAAAUCUGACAUCUGGUCUCUGGGCUGCAUCCUGUACGAGAUGUGCUGCCUGAGCCGCGCCUUCGCAGGACACAGUUUCCUGUCGGUGGUACUGAAGGUUGUGGAAGGUUCCUCCCCCUCCCUUCCUGAGCGCUACCCGCACCAGCUGAAGGCCCUGCUCAGCAGCAUGCUGAGUAAGAAUCCUGCACUCAGACCAGCAGCUGCAGACAUCCUGAAAAGCCCUUACAUUGAGGAGCAGCUAAAGGGCAAGUUCCCAGCCAUGGCUGUGCAGGACAAGGCCCUUGACUGGCAGAAAGAAGCUGCUCCCAUUUCUGCUGCUGUGCCCAGGAAGGUUCACUUGCAAACUCUGCAGGAGCUCUCUGAAGUACAGAGGAUGACCCCGCGGGAGCGAAUGAGGCUGCGGAAGUUCAGCCCUGCAGAUGAGAAGGCAAAGAAGCUGAAGCAGCUGGCAGAAGAAAAGUACCAAGAAAAUAUCAAACGAAUGCAAGAGCUCAGGUCCCAGCAGGGUCAGCGGCAGAGUGCAGGAGCCCUGCAGGAAUCUGAGAAGCAGCCUGAUUCUCAGCCAGCUCUUACGUGUGGUUCCGUGUCCAUAGGAUGUGGUGAACCCAGUGGAAAUGAGACAGGUCAGCUCUGCAGGCCUCAACUUGCAAACCAUGAGAUCCCUGAAGAUCCAGAAACCGCAGAAGAAUAUUGUAAGGACAGAUUUGAGUCUUGCUCGGAAGGCAGUGAAGAGGAGGAGGAUGUAGAAGCCUCACAGACCCUCUCUAAGGCAGAACAGCAGGACAGUGACAUUGAGGAAAUUGUCAAGUAUUUGGAGAAUGUCCUGGAGAGCAGCCUGCUGGGCUCGGGGACUGUCAGCAGAGUGUCUCCAGGGGCACUCGCAGGGCUCGGAGCUUCCAACAGCAGGAUGGCUGAGACCAAGCUGAAACACAUGAGGGAAUGUGCCAUUGGGAAGCUGGGAGCCGAAGCCUUUGAGGCUGUGUACAGCUACCUCAAGCAAGCAAGGCAGCAGAACUCCAGUGAGGAGCAGAUCAGAAGACAUCUGGAGAAGCUAGUGGCUAGAACAAGUGACUGCUUUGAAGUGGAUCAGCUGCUCUACUUUGAGGAGCUGGUGCAUGAUUCAGGAUCAUGUCUUCAGCUAUAAAGUGCAGCCCAGCAAUGGUGCUGGAUAAUUAGGUGGUAUAAUUAGAUGGAAGAAAUCUCAGAUGAGUUGUAGACCACUGAAUUAAAUGAAUGCAUCCUAUCAAUAUGACAACUACUGCUGUUACACCCAAGCUGAGAUACUCAUAGUCAAGAUAAAUAGUCCACUAAGCAGUAUUGCUGAUCCCUCUCUUGGACAUAUGUUAAGAGACUCAAAGGGAAAGAUAAUGGAGCCAUUGUAAUCUCUUAGAGCAGCAACACGAACUGAGGCAGCAAAGGAUAUGCCCAGCUACAGAAAAUGUGACCUUACACUUCCAGGAGAUUCUGGAGCCAGUGACUUCAGCUUUUGAUUGCAAUGCAGAGCAAUGAACCAAUGCCUAGACCCACUGCAAUGUUCUCUGAACUACAAACCAAGGUAUAACAUCCACUGGGAUGCUCACUGAGCUACAAACCAUUUCACAGCCCUGCCUCUUCAGCUUCUACCUCCUGGGCUACAAACACCGCUACAAAGGCUGACAUUUAUGGCUACAAGUUCUAUCUGUUCACCUCCUUGCUCCAAACACCUUCUUCCUCCUUAACCCAGGCUGUGCCUCUGCUGGGGGAGGCCCUGGGGGAUGUGUGAAACUUAAGGGGCCCUUGGCCACCAUCCUUUGCUUUUGUAUUUCCCCUUCACCACCUGUGAGCAGGAGGCAGCUCAGGACUGACCUGGCCACCGGGAGGAAGCCAAACAGUGCCUGGAAGGUCACAGAUGGCCAAAGACCAGCCCAGGUCUUCACAAGGCAAAUUCAUUCUUUCCCUCAGUGAAGGUGCCACAGGUAGCAGUUCAAGAGGCCGAAAGGAGAUGCCCAUGGAGAGGAGGUGCCAGGAGGGGGACUUACAGGCCUGUCCUCCCCGAGACUCAUUUCUAGAUGCAGGGCAAGUCACAGUAAAGGAGUGCCAAAGGAAACAGACUGCUCUCCUGCAUGCAAUAGAGGACCCAGGCCGAUUGGAUGCUGUGCCAGCAGGCAGGCGAUGACCUGGAGCAGUUUAGAGAGGUGUCACUCACUGCUGCCAGGCUGAACCAUGCCAGGCUG